AUGUUUGCAAUGAAUACGCAGCUACCGCUGAUGGAGUACUUGGUGGUGGACGCGGCUGGAUUUUUGAAAAACGUCGAUUUACGAUUUUCAAAGAAAACCGGUGAUUAUGCCAGUCUUUCGGCGACUGACUUGAAGGUUAUCGCCGCGACGUAUAUGUUACAAGCUGAGCACUAUGGAACCGAGCAGCUGAAGGCAGAGCCAGAGGUUCGCACUAUUUGUCAGUUUACUCAUUCUGACUCUGAUGCUAACUUGCCUCCCGGAUUUUACUAUCCAAAGAGGAAAUCGAAGAGUGGACAUUUAACUGAAAAUGCACAGAACGACGUCUUGGAACGUUUCCAAAACUUAGAUUUUGAACAUGGCGUCACACAAAGCCUCAAGAAAGACGUUGAAGCUGACGAAUCGACAAGUAUCCCAGACAGUCAUCUAGCCUUUGCUUCCAAUGAUUCUGACUGGGAAGACGUAAGCCACUCAUCUUCGGAAGACGAUGAUGGUGGCAUAAGCGAUUUUGAAGACACAAGCGGAUGGAUCACCCCGGAAAACUUCGACCAUCCUUCCAAAGUCGGCGUCGAUAGUCUGAAAGCAUGCGAUGACGACGGCGUGCACGUGGCUUGCUUGACAACCGACUUCUCUGUUCAGAACGUUCUAAUUCACAUGGGCCUCAAAGUUGUAUCCGUCGAUGGUCUUCUUAUUCGGCGGUUAAACACCUAUAUCCUUCGGUGUUACAGCUGUUUCGCAACCACGAGUAAAGUUACGAAAAAGUUUUGCCCUAACUGCGGUAACGACACGCUGAAGAAACUGUCCAUCACAGUCAAUCCGGAUGGCAGUACAAUUUAUCACUUGUCUCGGCGAAAGAUCAUAACCACAAAAGGAACUAAUCGCUCAUUGCCGCGACCCAGAGGUGGCAAACACAGCAAUAAUCCAAUUUUGUGCGAAGAUCAGCCGGUUCCUCAAAACAGACUGAGUAAAAAGGCGAUGAAAAAACUUAACGCUCUCGACCCAGAUUACAUAGCUGGCGAUUCCCCGUUCAAGUUCAAUGAUGUGACAAGCAGGUCAGCCGUGUUGGGAGUACGCCACCUCAACGGAAGUUACCGUCAUCAGAACCGUGGCAAAAGAGGUGGAAAGCGUAGAUAG